GUGCUGGGGCUGCCCGGGCGGCCCCGGCCCCGCGCGCCGCCCGCCGCCGCCCGGCUGCCCGCGUCGGCGCCGCUCUUCAUGCUGGACCUGUACCACGCCAUGGCCGCCGACGACGACGAGGACGGCGGCCCCCAGGAGCGGCCCCCGGGCCGCGCCGACCUGGUCAUGAGCUUCGUCAACAUGGUGGAGCGUGACCGCACCCUGGGCCACCAGGAGCCCCACUGGAAGGAGUUCCGCUUCGACCUGACCCAGAUCCCGGAGGGCGAGGCAGUCACGGCCGCCGAGUUCCGGAUUUACAAGCUGGCCAGCGCCCACCUGCUCAACAGGACCCUGCACAUCAGCAUGUUCCAGGUGGUCAGGGAGCAGUCCAACAGGGAGUCUGACUUGUUCUUUUUGGAUCUUCAGACGCUCCGAGCUGGGGACGAGGGCUGGCUGGUGCUGGACGUGACAACGGCCAGUGACCGCUGGUUGUUGAGCCGGAACAAGGACCUGGGGCUCCGCCUCUAUGUGGAGACUGAAGACGGGCACAGCGUGGAUCCUGGCCUGGCCGGUCUGCUGGGGCGACGGGCGCCGCGCUCCAAGCAGCCUUUCCUGGUCACUUUUUUCAGGGCGAGCCCCAGUCCCAUCCGAGCCCCUCGGGCAGCCAGGCCCCUGAAGAGGAGGCCGCCGAAGAAAACCAACGAGCUGCCGCACGCGAACAGACUCCCAGGGAUCUUUGAUGAUGUUCACGGUGCCGAUGGGCGGCACGUUUGCCGGCGGCAUGAGCUCUACGUCAGCUUCCAGGACCUCGGCUGGCUGGACUGGGUCAUUGCCCCCCAAGGCUACUCGGCCUAUUACUGUGAGGGGGAGUGUUCCUUCCCGCUGGACUCGUGCAUGAACGCCACCAACCACGCCAUCCUGCAGUCCCUGCCCAAGCUACAGGAAGAGGCCAUGGAGGAGGCAUUCCAAGUAAGAGUGAUGGCUGAGCUUUCCGCCGCCACGGGUGACUAUAGCCUGGCCACCACCACGUGGAAGCUAAGAACCACUCAGCGGAGCCCCGUCAACUCACAGACCUUGGAGAGACAACUGGGUGUUGCUGUUUUCAGCCACUAA